AUGUAUGAAUUUGAUAACAUCAAAUACACAACAUGUAUAAGUAAAGUUAUGAACAAUAAUUUACAAUUACUUACUCCAUUAUUGCACUUCACUUCUGAUUAUGAAUAUGCUGUCUCGUUAUGGAAGAAAAAUGUGAAUGAUCCGAAGUUCCAGACAAUCCUUCAAAAUGCACGAACAAGUGGUGCACUUGGGUUUGAAAAGUUUGAGACUAUAUUCAUACAACCAGUUCAAAGGAUUACUCGUUACGCUUUACUUUUAAAACAAGUAAAAAAGACAACACCUCCAAAACAUCCCGACUUUAUACCUUUAAUCAAAACCCUCAUCAACUUCGAGCAAUUCUGUGAAGAAGCAAACAAACGAAUAGAACGUCGAAUAUCUCUCUUCGACUUAGCUCGAGUUACUCAUUUGGACAUAUGCAAACCAAAUCGACUUUUAAUGUUCUCUGCUCAAAGUGGUUCUAAAAAGAAAGGGAUGGUUCACGUCAUGAGUGACUUGGUAUUGGUAGUGACCUAUGACAAAAGAAACACCACUUGGAAUAUCAUUACUAACUUCGAACUUAGCCAAGAAUGCUCUGUCUCAACUAAAGAAAACACUUUGAUACUAGAAAAAGCAGGUACUCAAACUUUAAUUACUCUGACAAACAAAACUGACUCGUUUGCAGCUAAAAAUUAUAUUGUGGCCAUCUUGGCCCAACACUCAUUCAAUGAAGUUGUAUGCCUUAAUCAAUAA